CUCUCCUCUCCUCACACUCCAACCCUGCUCAUCUCUCAGCUGGACAGUAAGGGCCGUUCACACCUCACACUGACAACAUGCUGGGGACACUCUGCACUCUCAUCACUGCUCUAACAUGUGUCAGUGGUGUGACUGUGGUGACACAGAAGCCUCCUGUUGUGACGGUGAGGAAAGGAGAGACGGCCUCUCUGGACUGUAACCUGGGGACUGUUGAUAAUAGUGCUCAUUGGUAUAAACAGGUUCCAGGAGGAGUUCCUCAGUAUGUUUUACAGUGGUACUACUACAAUUGGACCUCUGUAAAAUAUGGUUCUGGUUUCUCCUCUCCUAAAUUCACAUCUAAUCAUCAGUCUAUAUCUGAUUAUAGUUUGAUUAUUAACAAUGUGGAGGAGGAAGACUCAGCAGUGUAUUACUGUAAAACAAAAGACUACUAUGUUGGCGAGUGGGCAUUCGGACCAGGAACCAAGCUCAUUGUUACUGAUGGAGAUCUGGCUACACCUGCUGUGACUCUGUUCCCUCCAUCCACUGAAGACCUCAAGUCCAGCAGAGCAACACUGGUGUGUCUGACUAGUGACCUGUCUCAGAGAUCCAAGGGGUUGGCAGAUGUCAGCUGGAUGUCUAGUGGUGAAUCAGUGACAGAAGAUGUUUCUACCAGCCCUGCUGAGCAGCAACCAGACAACACCUUCAGGAUCAGCAGCUAUCUGACCAUUCAGACUGCAGACUGGGACAGGGACGUGGUGUUCACAUGUAAAGUGUCGUUGGGGUCAACAUUCUCUGAGAAAGAGAUCAGAAAGACUAGUUGUAGUCUGUAAAUCAAUAGUUUCAGACAAUCAAUACAACUGGUAGUUUGUUAAUGCUUCAGAAUGAGUGCAGCUGUUAUUUCAUUAGAACUGUUAAGUGAUGUUUUGAUCUUUGCUUUGCUGUUAAAUAUAGAAGUUAAAAUCCUAACAACAUGGAUGAUAUUGGGCUGAAGUCUGAAUGCAGUAUGACCAUAACCAAUGUAAUGUCAAAUAGUUGUUGAGGGCUGUUUGUCAUCACAAGUUACUAUUGAUGCAUUCACUGUACCAGCAUCAUGUUCUCUAGAACAUAACAUCUGAAAUACUGUCAUGAUGACUAGAUCUCUCUACUAUUGUGAAAUGAGUUGAAUUACUAAUGAUAAAGGAAUAGUUAGAGCUUUGCUGUAUUGUGGAUAUUCAAUAAAGAACAUUCUAAAGAACAA